GCAGGGGGCGGGAGGAGGAAGGCGCUGGCGGGCAGUGAUGGCGGCGAGUGAUGGGGACGUAAAGCUAGGCACCCUGGGGAGCAGCGGUGAGCACGGCGGUGACGGGAGUCCCGGCGGCGCGGGAGCGACGGCGGCGGGGAGCAGUUGGGCCGCGACGCUGCUGGCCACGGGCGGGGAGAUGCUGCUGAACGUGGCUCUGGUGGCGCUGGUGCUGCUGGGGGCCUACCGGCUGUGGGUGCGCUGGGGGCGGCGGGGUCUGGGCGCGGGGCCCGGGGCGGGCGAAGAGAGCCCGGCCGCCACGCUACCACGCAUGAAGAAACGGGACUUCAGCCUGGAGCAGCUGCGCCAGUACGACGGGGCGCGCACGCCGCGCAUCCUGCUCGCGGUCAAUGGGAAAGUCUUCGACGUGACCAAAGGCAGCAAGUUCUACGGCCCCGCGGGCCCAUAUGGGAUCUUUGCUGGCAGGGACGCCUCCAGGGGGCUGGCGACAUUCUGCCUGGAUAAGGAUGCACUUAGAGAUGAGUACGAUGACCUCUCAGAUUUGAACGCAGUGCAAAUGGAGAGUGUUCGAGAAUGGGAAAUGCAGUUUAAAGAAAAAUAUGAUUAUGUAGGCAGACUCCUAAAGCCAGGGGAAGAACCGUCAGAGUACACAGACGAGGAGGACACCAAGGAUCACAGUAAACAGGACUGAACUUUGUGAACAACCAAAGCCAGGGGCAUUCAGAACUACAGCCCUUCUUUCAGAGGACAUCCAGUCUUGGGGGGCGCACCUGCUGUGAGAAACACUUGGCCUGAGUGUACCCCAUAACGAGCUUCACUGUGGGGAUCUGAAUAGGAGCAUUGCUUGUGCUACAGAUGGAUUGGGUGCAGUUGUUUGUGAUGUCUGGUGGGCUUCGUCAUCCUGACGAGGAGACAGGGCCCUCUGCAAGAAAGUCACCAGGUUAUUUCACCCCUCCCCUCCUCUCUCUUUUCUCUUCCUUCCCUUUCCCUCUUCCUUUUUCCCCUUCCUCUCUCUGCCUUCCUGUCCCCUACCCCUUUUAAAACAAAACAAAAAAGUAUCAAAGACAACCAGAUAGGUAUUUGCUACUCAAGUGUAUAGAUCACUUAAAACAGCAAGGGAUCCUGUUUCACAGGCUGUUUUAUUUGUGUUAAGGGAAGAGCCUUGGGCAGGGGAGUGGCGGUUGCACAUUCAUUUAAGAAGUUCAGGCUACUGAAACAUUAAAAGUGAUUUCCCGAACUUUUUUUUUUCUGGACAUUGUCAGGGAAGAGGGAAAAACUUCCUUCUAAGAAAGGUUUGGAAAUUAGAGGGAUUUCCAGUGGAUUGAAGUAAGCAGUUCCCUAGCUAAGAUAAUUUGAGACCAGUUUUAUUUUCUUCCCUUCCUUCUGCUAGGUCAAAUCAAUAUUAAUUGUGCCUUAUUUCACUUCCAUAAACUUGAAUUAUUUUUAGGAAAAGCCCCUCUGAAUUGAGAAGUCACUACAAGCAGCAUUGAGACUGAGGUUGCUGUCAUUCUGUGUGUGGGAUGUGAGAGGGACACUCGGUGUUGACUGCCGUGUGUAUACACACAUAUAGCAUUGUGAUGGCCAAAUGCGUCCCCUGUGCUCUUUGUUUUUCUUCAGGAAAAAGUGAAAAAUCAACAACUCUUCCCCAGCAGCUCCCUAAAUUUAGGAGUCUGCUCCUCACAUGUCACUGGUGUGGGUGCAUGGGCCGUGGUGUGAAUGUCCGUGUGGGUGAGUCUGGAUGUGUGAGAGCACCUUGGAAGGGGCUCUCUGCGGAUCUGUAAACACGAGUACCGUUUUAAUAAAGCAUGUACAGUAAACCAGACGAGCUCGAGUCGGGAGCCAGUGUGUCAUAUACUAAUAAGACUGCGUUUGAUUCAGGAUGAGGAAAACUAUUGGAAAUGAAAAUCGGGCACUGGUUAGCCAAGUGCUACAUAUACCACGUUCAGUGUAACUUUGAGGCAAUGCCACCUUGGUGGAACAGUCCCGCUGUGGGAUCGUUCAGGUAAGAGGUGAUGUAUUGCAGUGCACACAUUUGUACUUGGGCUUUGCUGUCGCUGGUUAUGCCGGCAGCACUGACAUAAAAACAGUAUUACGGAUAGCUACCAAAUCCCUCCAUUAUGAGUUGGAAAAGUUUUACUUCAGAGCCUACUUAGGUCAGAUUUUGGCUUCAUGCUGGAUUCUUGGUCAGGGACAAGUUGCUCCUACACAGAAAAGCCCAAAAUGGGGGUCGUGAAAGACUUGUGCUUGCUGAGUGUGAUGCAUGCAGAAAUCAUCAAGAUGACGUAAGCAGAAGGGUGCAGCAUGCUACGCUCCUGUCAGUCCUGGAGCAUUCUCUAGAAAGUGUGGUUGUCACCUAAUCCUGGCUGAAGAGCUCAUGCGUUGACUGAAGAGUUGAUAAUUUGUUUCUUUUUUAUGUAAAAUGUUUUCUAGAAACAAAUUGUUAAAGUAUAUACCUUCUGAUGUAAUAAACUGCUAUAUCUGACCCAUUGGACCUGAAGGUUGAAAAUCUGCAUCUGUGAGCAGCCCCAGGUAUUCAUGCAGUAAAAACAAUGCAUUUUGUUUUUUAAAAGGAAGUGGUUUUGUGUUUUGGACUUGAAAAUAAAGUGUGUUCUAUAGAUAAUU